AUGAUGCUACGCCAUUAUCAAAAUGAAUGUAAAAUAUUUCUUGAUCAAGUUCGUAGUGGUGAAGAACAAACUAAAGUAUUAAAACAUGCAUAUGAAAUUAGUCGUCAAGUUCAUACUGAAGUAACAAAAUUAGAUAUAGCCUUUACUGGUCAACAUAGUAAACAUAUACAAUAUUUAAUUCGAGAAUUUAAACGAUUUGUUGGUAAUUUACUUUAUGCUGGAUGUCUCUAUUCACAAUUACAAUAUGGUGUUCGAGAACCAUUUAGUGAAUAUCUUGUGGGUAUUGAAAAUGAUAUAAUUGAUUCACGUUUACCAAGAAGUGAAUCUGAUUUACUCAAUUUAUUAGAAAUAUGUAAAAUGCAAUUAAAAAGUCAUAGUGAUGCACUUCUCUAUCAAACAUUACAUAUUGCAUUUACGUUUAGUUCGAACUCAUUUAGUCUAUUUGAUGAAAUUAAUCGAUCUGUAAAAGAAUUAAUUCAACUUGUUUUACCAUCUGUUCAUUUAAUUAGUCGUUCAUGCUUAACAAUUCAUACAUUAAUUCAAAAAAUAUGUCAAAGUGUAACCGUUGAAGAAGGUGAAAUAUUAAAACAAAUAUGUGAAGAUUUUUCAAAAUUUACUGAUGAAACAUGCGAAAUUAAUAAUCAAAGUAAUUUUAUUAAUAAACAACUCGAAUCCCAUUUAUUCAAAAUAAUAUGGCAAAAUAUUGAUCAACUUGUAAAUAUUCUUGUUAAAAAUCGACCAGCAAUGAAAACUUUUAAUGAAAAUCUUCUUAAUCGAUGGCAUAGAACAAUGAAAGAAAUCUUUCGUGGAUUUAUUCAAGCACGUAAAUUUAAUAUUCAACGUCAACUUGAAUGGAAUCAACGAAAUGUUAAACAACUUAGUACAUUAUUAAAUAUUGAAGAUGCAACAACAAAUACGAAAACAAAUUCUAUAUAUCGAUUAGCUGAUAUUGAACGAGAACUUCAACAAAAAACUCGUCUUCUUGCAAAUGUCGAUGCUGAUCAUCGAUUGACGCGUUUAACACGAUUACAACAUCUUGAAAUUGUCUAUCAACUUACUAUUGGCGGAAUCGAUAAUUUAGAAUCGAUACUAAUGAAUGUGCCUAUUCAUCAUAUGGAUUCAUCAUCCUUUUUUAAAUUAUUAAAUUCAACACGUGAAUUAUACAACGGUAGUGAAAUAAAUCUUGUUGAGCAACCUCUGAUUCAUUUUAUUAAUGAUGAUUCAAUGUUUAAAAAUUCUUUUCAAUUACUCGAUGGAAUUUAUCGAUUAGAACAAAGUGUAUUUCAAGAUCUUUAUGAAGUUGCCAAAGUAGAAAUGGAAAAUCAUUUCAAUAAAUUUCAAGAUUCUAUUAAGUUUGAAUCAAUUUUCGAUAUAGUUAAAUCGAAAACCAAUGAGUGGAAUAAAGCUGGAGAGAAUUUUAUUUGUUUACGCAAAGAAAAACGAAAAAAAAAAUCAUAUAAAUAUAUAAAAACUUGUAUUCAAUCCGCUAUGAAUAUAAAAAAUAUUUUUUCAUACUUACCAUUUGUUAAUCUUUCCAGUUCUCAGAUUGAUAUUGAUGGAUUGUUUCAGGUUCAUGCUAGUGAAAUAUUAUUGUAUAUAGCACAUCAUCAGAAAGGUAAUGACCUUGCCUUUUCGUUGGCACCUCAAGAAGAAGUGAGGAAUUUUAUCAAUCUUCAUGGUCGUUAUAAAAAUUCGCUUAAACUAAGUCCAAUAGAUCAAAUGUUUUCUCUAGUAUCUGGAAAUAUUCCAUGGCUUCUAAUUAAAUCUUCGAAUACUUCUUUAAUUGGAAUCGAUUUACAGCUGUUGGUUGAAGAUGAUCAACAACCUGAGGAUAAUAUCCCCCAUAAUCAACCAUUACCCGAUACUUCCAUCAAUACUAAUACUCCAAUAAUCAUCGAAGUAAAACCAAAAACGGCUAAGUACAAUAUUAUCUCUGAAAUACCAGUUUCUCUAACAUCCAACGAGACUACAGUUAAAAUAUUCAUUUCGCUACCUAAAAUUGAUGCCAUCAGUAUUAAGAUAGACAAUAAACAAGUAUUCCAGAUGGAAUGGCGGAAAUUCACCGUACAUCAAUGCCAGCACAACAUUAAUCAACAUUUGAAAAUCCAGUAUUUUCAAAGCUAUAAGGAAUUCUAUGUAACUAAAUUGACUUUAAAUUCUCAGUCAAUGACUGAUGUUCCACUUGCAAAUGAAAUCAAAACAAAUCUAACCGAUUUAGAAGAACAAAUUAGUAAUCAAUUGAACGAAAUGAGUGAUGAUGAAGCAUGGAAAAGAUUAAUUGCCAAUAACACAAUGCAAAAAUUCAAUAGUAACAUGAAUCAAAUUGUACAAUUGAGUCGAUGUUUACGUUUAGCUUCGAAUGAUUUAUCAAAUUCAACAAAUAUUUAUAAUCUAUUCAACAAAUUGCCUAAACCAGAAAUACAAAAUAAAUUGUUAGAUCUGAUACCAUUCAAAGAUUUUUCAGCGGUAGCACAAAAUAUGUAUAUUGUAGAUGACGUCGAACCAGCUUUAGAGUACGAAUUUAGUCGUGUAUGGACUCGAUCAAUGGAUCAUUCAUUUCAAUCGAUUAUUAAAUGUCGUGAUCAAGUCUAUUCAGACAUAUAUUUGUACGUCGAUCAAUUACGUUUAAAUAAAUGCCAACUCUUUCGAUUGUAUACUUGUGCCAAUACAUUGUCAAAUAAUAUGACUAGUAGUAUUCAAUCGGAUUUCAAUGCGAUGUUAGUAGAAUGUACUAAAUUUUGUGAACUUAAAUAUUUGGAUAGAUCAGAAUAUAUACAACAUUUUGAAGAAUGUCAACGUCUCAUAUAUGAAGCACAACGAAUUUAUCGUACAAUGAAACGUUCAUCGAACAAUUGGGCAGAAGUAAAUGAUCUUUUUGAUUUAUCAUCAUUUAAGAUUGAAACAAAUCUUAGUAAUGCUUUUAUUUAUUCACAAAUGAGUCGUGACACUCACAUGUGGUUAGUUGAAAAUAUCGGAACGGAUACAACACCAACAAUAAUGACAUGUCAUCCGAAGCCAGCUAUACUUGAUUUUGGUGUUGUACUUCCUGGUAUUCAUCAACGAAUGAUACAACGAAUAUAUAUUCAUAAUGAAGUUGAUCGUGAUUUAAAAGUAAAAAUCGAUCGAAGUACGAAACCAACGGAUACACCAUUUGAUGUUACGACUGAUAAUCUACAAUUAGCAUCGGGUGAUAUUUGUGAAUUAGAAGUUAUCUUAAGACCACCGACAAAUAUUUGUAGUCUGAAAGAAAAUUGGGAUCUUAUUGUUGAUGAUCAAACUGAACUUUCGAAUACACUUCAAGCACAAGCAGAAAUCGUUGAAAUCGAUCUUAAAAUAUCAGCAGAGACAAUUGAUUUUGGUUUAGUAUCUUGUAAUAGUCAUCGAAUAGUAGAAAAUAUUCAAUUGGAAAAUAUUCUUCCAUAUCCAGUUCGUGUUAAAGCACAACUAAAACUACCAGAAACUAAUCAAUAUAAUUCAGUUCUAACAAUAGUCAAUAAUGAACUCACUAUACCAGCUAAAUCUAAAAUAUCUUUUGGUAUAGCAUUGGAAGCAUCGAAAAAUAUCGAAGAAGACAUUGAAGCAGAUAUUUUUCUGGCAGUAGAUUCACCUAAAAAUAUCAAAGCAAUUAGAAUUAAUGCUAAAAUUCGACAACUUUCACUAGAAAUUCAUUAUCAAGGUCGAGCAAUUAACAAAUACCAAUCUCAAUAUACUUUAACUAUGAAUAAUUUCUAUAAAGGCGAACGACGAACUUUACCUAUUGAAUUUUUUAAUAAUGGACCUAUUGAAUAUACGCUUCGUCUAAGUUCUCAAUCACUAAAAUCAUCCAUAAAUGAAUUAAAAUUGCCAGUCGAUAAAAAGGAAAAUGUCAAUAUAGAAAUUUAUAUGCCUAACGACCAUAUUUCACAAUCAUUUAUUCUUGAGAUUGGACUUCUCAAUAACAGACAUCAGUAUUAUUUGAUGUUACAAGGUGAAAUAGUUGAGCCUAAAAUGACACAUACAACUUCUAAUCCACAAAACAAGCAUAUAAUACAUAUUAAUCAAAAAGGUCAAAUGGAACUCAUUCAAGAUAAAAAUCUCGGUACUAUACAACCGGUUAGUCGAGAAGUAAAAUUCAAAAAUACAAGUAAAGCAACAGCAACUUUUCACUUCUUACAAAUUACCAAUGCACAAGAUUCAUCAUUGCCAUUACCAUCACGUUUCAAAAUUGAUCCCGACAAUGUUAUUAUACAACCAAAUGGAAAUGUAUCAGUACAAUUUAUUUAUUAUCCAAUCGAUUUACGACCAUUCAAUGCUAACGUUCAACUUCAAUCAAAUACUUCACCUCAUCCUAUCAAUAUGCCCUAUAGUGUAGAAUAUCAUACGCCUAUUUUACGAACAACACCAUACAGUGUUAUCGAUAUUGGAUUAAUUAAGCCAGGUACUAUUUCGAAAAAAGAAUUCUUAAAAAUUAAUAAUAUCGGCAAAAAAGAACUGCGUUUUGAAAUCUGUCGAUUAAGUUGUCAAGAGAAAUUCGUACAAACAAUUGAUAUAAAAAAAACAGGAUCGAAACCGAAUUCACAAGAUUCCAAUCAAGCGAUUAAAAUCCCUCAAACUGGAUCUACUUCACUCGAUAUCAAUAUUCAAUGUGAUCAAGUCGAUUUACCAUCUGAAUAUGAUAUGAUUAGACUAUUCGAAUUUGAAUUAGUAAGUCUAUGCGAUCCUGUUAUUGAUGUUGAUAGUAAACUUGAUAAUCGCCGAGUGAUAAUUAUCAUUAUUGGACAUAUGAAACCAUUACCAGCAUUUGUUCUAACUUCAGAAGAAAAUCCUAAAGAAUGGUCUUCACUUGAAUUAUUACCUUCACAAUGGCUUCAUUAUUUUAGUCAACAAUACAACAUUUAUCAACCAUAUACAUCAUUAAUAAUUCUUACUGCUAUUGCUUAUAUAUGUGGCUCACAAAAAACAAAAGAUAAUAAUUUACCAUUGACAUUAGAUGAUUGGGCAAAUUUUUGUUCGAAUCUCAAUUCAGAUACUACAAAGACAUCUCAAAAACAAUUGAAAUUAAAUGAAUUUGAUGAUAGGAACACAAUUGAUCUUGCUGUUGAUAAUAUAAUUAAAUAUCUUCGAUUUUCAUUGAAUAAUUAUAUUUCAUUUUUUCAAAAUUCCAUUUUAUAUCAUGAUUCAUUUGCAAAUAAUGAUGUCGUACGACUUCAAAUUUUUAGUGUUAUUAAUUCCGCAGCUAAUGUUGAUGAAGCUUAUACAAUGCAACUUUAUGCAACAAAAUUUUGCGAUAUCUAUCAAAAUUCUUCACCUGAAAAUGCAUCACAACAAGCUAUUAAAUUUAUCUAUCAAUGUAUUGCUAAUGAUAGUGCAAUGUCAGAAGAAGUACGUAUCUUUAGUAAAUUUAUUCGUGAUGCAGCUCGUCCUUCGACAACAUUCAAUGUACAGGAAGAAUUAAAAAAACAUAUUUCAUCCACGAAUACAUUUGGUGAAUUAUUAACUAUGAUGAAUAAUUCAUUUAAUCUUAAAUGGAGUAUACUCUUUGGAUUAUUUUCUGAUAGAGUAAAAACUAUUUUAGUUAAAUUAAUUAAUGCUGAUUAUCGAGCACUAUUAGAAAUACAUUUAAAAUUAGAAAGUGAAAAAGAAAACAAUACUUUACAAGGAUCAUUGUUGAAUUUAAUGAACAAAGCACAUAAUCUAUGGAGUUCAUUAACUGAAACUGAUAAAUUCGAGUAUUUUGUAUUGAUUUUUGGCGAACAUAAAACGUUAUAUGGAAUAAUAGCAUUCAUUUUUCAAAAACUUAUUCCAACACUCGAUUUUUCACCGAUAUGGGAUGUCUUUCUGAAAGAGUAUGUGCAUGAAAUUCAACAAGCACUUGGAAAAAUCUCACAUAUUUCACCUUAUGAUUACCAUAAUUUCGUACAACACAGGCGUAAUUUUCGACAAUCUUUACAAAAAUAUACAUCGGAUGGCUUAAUGCUUUCUAAUGGUAAUGUUGAAAAUUAUUGUAAUAUUUUAAAUUAUCUUGUGCCACUUACUCACAAUCAAAAAAUAUUCAUUAAUGAAACUAUUAAAAUUAUUUGGAAUAUAUUAUGUGAAGCAAGUAAAUCGCAAACGACUAUUGGCAGUAUUGUUAUUCAAAUUCUUCAUCUUCUUCAUGUUCUUGAUGAAGAAAAGAAUUGGUCAUCUAUAAAAGACUCGUAUUAUCAACAUUAUAUGAAACCAAAUUGGAAAACUAUGCUUAAAUUUAUUUUAACGAUUGGUUAUGAUAAUGAAAUUAUUUCAUAUAUUAAGAAAUUAACAAGUGCUCAUACAGAAGAAACUAUGACUAAUUUAAUUUCAGAAAUCGGUUGUUUAAUAUCGACAAAUGAUGAGUUAAUUUCAUUUAAUAAAUAUCAAUCUUCAAUUAAAUCUCUAAAAUUGAAUAUGGCAUCAACUGUUGAAUUAUUAGAAAAGCUUCGAAAUAUUGUUCCACAAGAACUUGAAGAACAAAUUGAAGCAUAUUUAACUAUUAUACGUCUACCAAAUAUAAGUACAAUUAACGAGGAAGAUCAAUAUCAAAUACUUGAUAAUAUUAUUAAUUCAUGGAGAAGAUUAUUGAAUAUUAAAGAAGCCGAUUUACGACGAUUAUUCGAAACGAUUUCAUCCAUUCUUACAUCAUUUCAUGGUCUUAUUGUUUAUCGUCAUAGUUCAUUAAAUAAAGCACUCUAUACAACAAGUUUAACAUCAGCACUUUGUACUUUGUCUAAUUAUCGCCAAAGAACACGUGAAAAAUUGGGCAUCGACUUAUCUACUAUUCAAUCAAACAAAAUUUCAUCGAUUCUUACAGCUAUUCAACAAACUCUUCUGAAAAUUCAACUGAAUCAAUCAAUUUCUUCAGCUGAAAGAAGCCAAGAUAUCUCAUCUCUUUCUCCUUCAUUAUCUAAUUCAAGAUCAGCAUCAACAAAUGAAAUAACAUCUAAAACAACAUCUACAAAUGAAACAAUAACAUCAACAGAAUCCAUUCAAACUUUUUUGUAUUCGACGGAUACAUUAAAAAAAAUGCAAGAUUCCGUAACAAAAUAUGUUCAAUCACCAUUGUGUUCAUCGUUUUGUUUUAGUGAAUCAGAUAAAAUUCAUGCUAUUGUUAUUAAAGCACAUGAUUAUUGUUCACAAGUAACACAAUGGUACGGUAUUUUUACAACGUUUAAUGUUCUCGUUCAUAAUCAAUCGAACAUGAAUAAUUUAAAUCAAAAUGAAACUGCUCAUAAUAUUGUUCUACAUGGUCUACAAUUAUUACGUGAUCUUGUUAUAAUUAAAAAAAUUCUUGAACCUGUCUUUUCAGUAACUGGUAUUCGAUUUUUAAAUAAAGAUCUUAGUCGAUUAGAAAAAUGUUUUCUUUCAUUAUCACUUGAAAAUUAUUUUCAAUUACGAGAAACUUUACGACAAUUAAAUAUUGAUGUUAGCAGUGUUAUUAAUGAUUUUCCACCACCAUCAAAAACUCGUCCACGAAAAGGUGAAUUAAAUAAACGAAAAAUAUUCGAUAUGUUAGAACCAAAUGUUUCAAAAUCACCAACAACAUCAGAAAAUCAAACACAAACUACGAAAAAUGAUGAUACACCAUUGACUUUAGAAGAUUGGCGAGCAACAACACGAAAUGAAAAUUCUGAACAAGCUAAAGAUAUGCUAGAAUUAUCGAAAUCAAAAUCAAAAUCAAAAUCUAAUACACGUAAAACUGGUGGCGGAUCGAAAAAAACCUUUCUAUCAAAAAUAGAAAAUUUGGCUAAAGAAAUAUCGUCUCAAAGUCUAACUAAAGUCAAUGUAUCAACAACAAGUCAUACAAAUGAUGGAAAACAAAGUACAUGGAAUGAUAUUGAUGGAUCAGUCGAUUUUAAUAUUGAUUUACAAAUGAAAGCCAUGCAAGAACAAUUAAAAAAACAACCAAAUCUACUUGAAUUAUAUGAAUCAAUUAAAACAAAAGGAAAACGAACUCCACCCGAUGGUAAACUUGAUAAUCGUGCUGCACUUGCUUCAAUAAAUCAACGCGAUCGAUGGACAUAUCAAUUACUUGUUGAAACACCACCUAUUGCUCGAAUGAUAAAUUUAAUUAUAAAAGAAUUUCGUUCAAAAUGGGAAACAUUAAUUAAUAAUAUUAAUACAAAUGAACAACAUGAACUUCAUUGGUGUAUUAUGAUUGAUAAUUCAGGUUCAAUGAGUAUUUAUCGAAAUUCAAUUUAUGAAAUUCUUGUUAUACUUAUGGAAUUACAUCGUAAACUUGAGAGUAAAUUUGCUGUAGCACGUUUUGGUGGACGAAAUAAUCAGAAAAUGUUAAAAAAUGUGGCUGAUCGUUUUACUAUACAAGAUGGACAAUUUGUACUCGAAGCAUUAACAUUUGAUGAAGGUACAUAUCCCGCUACAGGUCUUGAUAAUAUUUCAAAUCGUGUAUUUGGUGUAGCAGAUGAAAAUAAACCAUCAAAUCCUCUUUUUCAUCGUCUUGUUUUAAUGAUUACUGAUGGUUUAACACAUGAUAAUGACGAUAAGACAUAUACAGAAACAAUUAAAAAAUAUGAUAUUAAUUUAGGUGUUCUAUUUAUUGAAACGGCUGGACAAAGUACAAGUCAAGUAUUAUUACGUGGUCUAAAACAAGCUCAACAUCGUAUUGUUCAUGCAAAUAAUAUUAGCGAAUCACCGAAAAUAUUAACACAAUUAAUGCAUGACAUGGUGAAAGCUUCAAUUAAAACUGAUAAUCACACGACAACAAGAAAUUCAUUUUCAACAAUCAAUAUUAAAAUACCUAGUAUACCUGAAACACCGUCUUUAUGCGAUACAAUUAUUCAAAAUUUAACAUACGAUUCGGCCAAUCCAACAUCAUAUAUGAUUAGUAGUUCAACAGCAAUAAUUCCUCGUUUAAAUCAAAGUCAAUCACAAUUAACAAGUUAUUUAUCAUCAACAACUGAAUACACUGAUUAUUCAUCGAAAGCAUUAAAUAAACUUCGUGAAUAUUAUCAUACAUUAAAAGUAUCAGCAAUGAUGCAAGAUAUAGAAAAAAAUUGGAUAUCAGCAGAAUAUCGUCUUUCUGGUGCUGUCGAAGAUGUAUCGACUGUACUCGGUGAUCUUGUAUUACCAUUUAAUAAAUUUACACGUCGUCGAGCAGCCCUACGUGGUUCAUCACUUUAUUUACCUGGUCUAAUAAAGGCCAUGACUAGUGAAUGGACAUAUAAGAAAAUAUUUAGUUCAAAAUUGGCCGGUGGUAAACGUGAUCAUGCUGUAUGUCUUGUUCUUGAUGUAUCAACAUCAAUGUUAGGUACACUUAGUACUGGUCUUAAAGAAGCAGUUAUAGUUCUUACAGCUGCUCUACGUAAACUUGAUUUAACUCAAUUCGGUAUUAUUAUAUUCGGUCGUGAAGUACGUUUGAUUAAAUCGAAUGAACAACCUUGGGAUGCAGCAACUAUUUAUACACUUGUAAAUGAACUUCGGUUCGAUCAAGAUGAAGAUACAAAAGAUGCAGAUGCUAUUGNUAAAUUUCAAGAUUCUAUUAAGUUUGAAUCAAUUUUCGAUAUAGUUAAAUCGAAAACCAAUGAGUGGAAUAAAGCUGGCGAGAACUUUAUUCGUUUACGUAAAGAAAAACGAACACAAAUACCAUUUAAAGAUAUAAAAACUCGAAUUCAAUCCAAUAAGACUCUACAAACAUUUUUUUCACAUUUAUCAUUUGGUUCUACUUCUACUUCUCAGAUUGAUAUCAAUACAUUAUUUCGGAUCUAUGCAAAUGAAAUAUUACUAUAUAUGGCAUACCAUCAGAUGGGUAGCGAAUAUGCCUUCUCUUUGGCACCUCAAAAAGAGGUGAACAAUUUCAUUCAAAUGCAUCAUCGUUAUAAAGAUUCGUUUAAUCUAAGUCCAUUGGAUGACAGUUUUUAUUCAUUAUCUAAAAAUAUUUCCUUUCUAUUAAUUAAAUGUUCGAAAGAUUGUAAUUUAUCUAGAAUCGAUUUACAAUUGUUGGUUGCAUGCAAUGAACAACCUGAAGAUUAUGUCUACCCUGACCUAUCAGCAAACGAGACUUCUCUCAAAACAAAUAUUCAAAAACCUAUUGAAGUAAAACAAAAAACGAUUCAGUACAAUAUUGUCGCUGAAAUACCAAUUUUUCUAACUGGAAAAGAGACUCAAGUUAAAAUACUGAUUUUAGUACCGAUAACUGAUGUUCGUAUUAACAUCAAUAAUGAACAAGUAUUCAAAAUGGAAUGGCGAGAGUUUGCCGUCCAUCAACGUGAUCACAACAUCAAUGACUAUUUGAAUGUGAAAUAUUUUCAAGUUCAAAAAGAUUUCUAUGUAGCUAAAUUAACUUUGGAUACUAAAUCGACGAAUGAUAUGCUAUCGUCAAGUGAAAUCGAUCGAAAUUUAAAGAAUUUGGAAGAACAAUUUAUUAAUCAAUUGAAUGAAAAAAGUGAUGAUGAAGCAUGGAAAAGAUUAAUUGCCAAUAACACAAUGCAAAAAUUCAAUAGUAACAUGAAUCAAAUUGUACAAUUGAGUCGAUGUUUACGUUUAACUUCGAAUGAUUUAUCAAAUUCAACAAAUAUUUAUAAUCUAUUCAACAAAUUGCCUAAACCAGAAAUA